GUAUGAUUUUAAAAUGCCCGUCAAGCACAAAGACAUUUGUGGCGUGUUACGUGGCCGGUGCAAUGAGCUCCAAUGCGAUUGCAAGCAAUAUAUGGUGGUGUGCGCCGUCGACGAUGCCGAAGUUCGCAUUCGAUGCGACUAUUGUGACCACAGUCCCAGCGCCCACAACAGGAUUGCUGAUCUCGAGUGUCUUCAUACGGAGGCUUUCUCUGCAAAGAAAAAUGCAGCGGCACCGACAGAAAAGAAGUAAUACUGCUCUCUUGGAGGAAUCCAGGCCAGAACUAACAAAAGAGGUGGCAUUGGCAGAGUUGCAGUUAUUGGCUUCGAACAGCUUAAAAGGGGCCACAAUCAACUACGAAAGGGUUUUGUGCCUCUUGAGAGCCACAUACCAAGACCGCUGCCAACACCAUGUAGACCCCUUGCCAAAUUAUUUUUUGGUGGAAGAAACUCUUUGUGCUGAGCUCCAACUGCGCUUUGGGUUCACUGUGGAUGAAGCGGAACAACGGCUAGAAAAGGCGGCACAAGUUUUCUCAGAGAAGGAAGGAAGGGAAACUUCAUUUUUAGAGCUCUCGAAGCACUUGCAAGGUUCGUCAGAGCACUCACUCAUCAUUGAGGCUGCUCUACCGACAGAAAUAAAAAUUGCUGCACCACAUGUAUAUGUAUACAAGGACCAAGCUUGGGUAUAUGGAGGCAGCAAGGAAGAAAUAAUUCACCUGAAGGAACUGAACAUUGAGCGUGCCGUCGUCAUAUGCUUUCUCAUAUACUAUCUGAAAAACCUCAUGUACCCGUCUGCUUUUUCACAGACCCUGAAUAUGGUUCAAAAACUUUUAAGACCUCAAGAACCUAUCCCACGUGGGCUUAUUUCAAACCGAUUGAAGUGUUUCUUGGCGCUUUUGAAGAAAAAGAAAGUCUGAUCACUAUAUAUGCAAUUGGUUGGUCAAACUUUAUUGCCAAAGAUUACUUGGGCAGAUGUUUGGAAGUUCUC